UGUUCUAUUAGUGAAUGUAUUUCCUUCCUUGUGAUAAAGAAACCUAGUUCUAUUGCUUUUAAAUGGCUGCUUGGAAUAUUAAUUUCACGCUGGUCUAAAACUUGAGUUUGUCCUGCCUUACUCUAAGUUCGGCCACACCACCUGACUCAUGUAUACUGAACUUUUUAUUUUUAAUUACAUUUACAUCCUUUACAUGUAUGGUUAUAUGUACACAUCACAAUACAGGUGUGGCUAGAGGACAGCUUUCUGGAUCAGUUCUUUGCUUUCUCUGUGUGAGGCCAUGGGGUUAACUGGGGUCAUCAGGCUUGGUGGGCAAGCAUCCUUACUCCCUGAGCCAUCUCUGUGGCCCUGAUGCUAAGUUCUAAUGCAAAACUUUGGUCACAUGUGUUUCAAGGGUUGAUAUUGGAGACAGUGUUAAUAGCGUUACAUAGGUGAGAGUUUCUAUGGCUCUUAACCCUCAGUGAUAACUCAGGGAAUUACAUUAAGUGACACUGUUGUGUGACUGUUUCUUCUGGGUAAGACAUGAUCUUUGAUUGAUCUCUUGAAUCAGAGCAGCAGCGGUCACAUGCAUGGGACCCUCACCAAAUGUGGCCUAUUAACAUAACUUUAUGGUUAAUUGCUGGAGAUUGUGGCUUAUACCACAAAUGACAGUAGAAUUCUAAGUUCAAGGCUAACCUGGUCUGCAUAGCCAUACCCAAGUUGAAAAAGUGAUUUAAAAAAAUUCCUUUAUGGAAGGAGGGAGGGAGAGGCUCAUGAGCCUUUACCCCCCUGCAGCCUUUUCCAUUUAGGUUAAGAGGAAAAGAGUUGGCUUUGUCGGACUUGGUAGUACAACUGCCCGCAAGUUGCCCAGAGGGAUGCACCUGCCUUUCUGUCAUCCUGUGAGUAACCCCAGUAAGCUUAUUGGUUCACCAGCCUGGACUUGGUGGAGUCUCUUUUGGCUUUGUCCAUACCUAGUCUGUCUGAGUGAAUAGUCUUCUUAGGAAAAGUCGUAUAUCGCUCAGUAAAACUAGUUCUUUGGGAAAACUAAACUGGUGUUCCAGGGAGGCAUUAACUUGGAUUUUAACCUAGAGCCAGAUCUUAGUCACUUUCCCUGUUGCUGCAAUAGUCUGACAAAGCAAAUUAAAGGGUGAUUUAUUUGGCUUACAGUUUAGGAUACAGCCUGUCAUGAAAUGGUCAACAUGGGGGGAGAGCUUGAGGCAGUUGCUCAACUGUGUCUACAGUCAGGAAGCAGAGAGUGAUGGAUGCUGGAGUUCAGCCUGCUUUCUCCUGCUUCUGUGGUCUAGGAUCUCAGCCUCGGUGGAUGGUGCUUCCCCCCUCAGUUAACCUAAUGAGGACCACAGGCAUGCUCAGAGGCCAGCCUCCCAGGUGAUUCUAGAUCUGUCAGCUUGAUAGUUGAGAUGAACAUGGAAGCAGUGAGGUCUUCCAGCAAUUUGAGUAAAGCAGUAAUAACUCCAGGAUAACCACUAACAUGGUGAAAUGCCUUUUGGUUACAGAUGGGUCCCCAGCCAUCUUGGUUUAGCUGAUGGGCAUAAACACUGCCAUUGAGUUUGAGUAGAGCUAGGUGUUUCUUGAUUUGGUCAGAUCAUGUUUUCUUUUGUAUCCAGGGGCCAGGAUUUGUAUCUUCAGAUGAUGUUCAGUCUUUUACAUGUAUGUGAGAUUAUUUAGUGUCCCUCCACUGUAGUUAUUUCAUGCUUUAGUGUCUUGUACAUCUAUUUCAGUAAAAAAUAGAAAACGUUUUCAAUAGACUUUUCUACAGUCAAUUACUAAUCAUUUUACUUAACAGGGCUUGAAUCUGUCUCAAACACAUCUCGUUUUCCCUAAGCAAGUGGCUAGGGGAGAAUUAGAAAUCCUUAACUUGGUUAGCUCCCUGAAAUUGAAAGAUUUAUUUUACCUUUUUCUCCCCUUUGAUUUUUUGAGGCAGGAUUUCUGUGUGUAGCCCUUGAUGUUUUUGAAUUUGUUUUGUAGACUAGGCUGGCCUUGAACUCAGAGAUAUAUCUAUCUCUACCUGCCGGGUGUUGGGAUUAAAGGUGUGUGCUGCCACUGCCUGGCAAGAUUUAUUUUAAAAACACUGUAUGUAUGUAUGUAUGUAUGUAUGUAUGUAUGUGUGUGUGUGUGUAUAUAUAUAUAUAUAUAUAUAUAUAUAUAUAUAUAUAUAUAUAGUCGAGAUCUUGCUACGUAAUUCUGGCUGGUAUGGAAUGUACUACAUCAACUAAACUGUCUUCAAGCUUGUGGUGAUGCUCUUGCCUCAGCCUCUCAAGAGCUGGGACUAUAGAUGCACACCACCACCCCUGGCUGAAAUUCUCCUUUUAGACAGUUAAGACAGGAGCUUGAUAGUCGUAGGCCUACCCGCACAUCUUAUAGAAAUCAGGCAGGCUUUCCUGUCAAGUAGACCUUGGUUUUGAUCUCAGCUGGACUAUUUGUUAGUUGAGUGACUUUGGAAAAAGUUACAUAGGUCCCAAACUUAACUUUUAUUUAUUAUCCUCAGUAUCUUUUAUAAAAUAUCAGAUUCAAGAGACUUUCAGUGUGUGUGUGUGUGUGUGUGUGCAUAUAUGUGUGUAUGUAUGUGUGUGUGUAUAUAUAUAUUAUGUGUAUAUAUAUAUACAUAUACAUAUAUCUCUAUCUAUCUAUCUAUCUAUCUAACUAAAUUGCAGCUUGUUGAAGUUUUUAAGAAUAGUCUAUUUGAGGGACCCGCCCUUAGAAUUACAAAUGACUACAGAUCAGGAAAGUGACUCAGGAUGAACUUGGUCACAAACAGUGUUGUAAUAGAAGUACUUGGGCGGGUUGGUUUUGGUGUUGGUGGCAUAAUCUUAUUCUUGUCAGGCUAUUCAGGAACUUGCUUUUCCCCAGGACAGCUUUGGGCCAGCUUCAGAUUGCCGCUCCUAUGAUCUUGCUUCAGCCUUCAGAGUGCUGGGGUCAUAGGUGUGUGCGACAGAAGUAGCUUCAUAGGAAACAUUAGCAGUACUUGAAAGUCACCGCUACAUAAAAUUAAAACGAGGAACACAUAGUGAAUCUGUUAUAGGCUCUCCUUUAGAAGUACAGCAUGGUCUUUUUCAGUGAUCCAAGUGCAAGGCCCCAGGUUUCCUUCUCUGCUUCACUUACCUGGUCUGGUCUUCUAGCAGUAACCACCAUUCUGUUGUUUUACAUGAUGAAUUUAUCUCAUACGAAUUGAGUGCAGCCAGAAAUUUCAUUUGGUAAAGUAUCGUCCCCUCCUUCUCUGAGUGACUGACUGCACUGUUACUUUAGAGCCACCACACAGUAUACCUACUUUGCACUUUUGAAUUUCUACUCUUGAAUAUCAGUUGUUGGCUUAGUUGGAUGCGUAACAUUUAGAAUACAUGCACCAGUCCUUUUCAGGGGAAGAAAUGGAAGAGAUUGGUAUUUCACUUGUAGUUUUUCAGUACAAAUUAAGAGAAGGAUUAACAGUGCACAGACCUAAGAAGAUAAUUGAAAUAAGUAUGUUCAGCACAGUCCGGUCUGUCCUCCCUAUGGCUGGCCUCAGGUUGUAAGAGGCUGUCUGCUCCUCCUGCAAACUGUGGAUGUUGAUUAGCAGCUAGUUUCACUUUGAAACUCACACAGCAAACACGGAAGAGUGAAUUAAGAGUGCUUUAACCCAGGGGAGUCUUGAGAUUGACGUCAAAACCCAGUGCAGCUGUCUAAGCAGUGGGGAGAGUAUUUCUAACUCCCUGUUAGGUCAUCGAUGGCCCUCCCCUCUCCGGCUCCCUUCUCAGACACCGUGUAGGACAGCUUUGCCCUUCUUUGCUAAGCUGCAGUGGCCUCUUUACUUGAGCUUGCGCAGCUCUUCAUCCCUCACCUGCAUUAAGUCAUUGUGAUGAGAACCUUUUUUUCUAAAAAGUUGUUUUUGUUUUUUGUUUUGUUUUUUUUUUUUUAAAGAAAGAGAAUUACAGAUCGAGACACUAAAGAGGGUACAGUUAGUCCAUACAUGUAUUCAUGUUCCUCAACUUUUGUUGUUGUUUUUCAAGACAAGGUUUCUCUGGGUAGCCCUGGCUGUCCUGGAACUCACUCUGUAAAACAGACUAGCCUUGAACUCAGAAGUCCGCCUGCCUCUGCCUCCCAAGUGCUGGGAUUAAAGGCGUGCACCACCACUGCCCAGUGUUCAACUUUUAACAUGUUAUAUUAGUAUGGUACAUGUAUCAUAUUAGUGAGUCAACAUUAGCAUUAUUAACUAAGUUCAUAGUUUACUUAGAUUUCCUAGGAUUUCUUCUUCUUUUUUGGUGGUGGUUGUUGGGUUAAGCCAUUGCUCUAUUUCUACCCAGGAUACUGUCUUAAUUAGCGUUUUAUUAUGGUCAACAGACACCAUGACCAAGGCAGUUCUUAUAAAGGAAAACAUUUAGGGGGCUGGCUUACAUUCAGAGGUUUAGUCCAUUGUCAUGGACGGGGUCAGGGCGAAACAUGGCAUUGUCCAGGCAGGCAGGCAUGGUGCUGAAGGAAGAGCUGAGAAUUGUACGUCUUAAUCUGAAGGCAGCAGAAGGAUACUCUGUGCCACACUAGGCAUAGCUUGAGCAUAUAUUAGAUCUCAGACCCACCUCUAUGAUAACACACUUCCUCCAACAAGGCCAUACCUACCAAUAGUGCCACUCUCUAUGGACCAAGCAUUCGUGCACAUGAAUCUGUGGGGACUAUCCUUGUUCAAACCACCAUUUGAAAUCUAGUUACUAUGUCUCCUUUGAUUCAUCUUGGCUGUGAGAGACUUUGUUUUUCAAUGGUCUUGACAUUUCUCAGAAGUCCUGGUUAGGUACCUGCCCCCAAACUGGAGUUCGUGUAGGUUUUCCUCAUGAUUAGAUUGCAGUUGCCUGUAUGACAGAGGCUGUAGUGUGGCUCAGGGGUAGGGGUGUUACAGAGCCUAUCGGACAGGUUACAGAGAGUUCAAGGUACUUAGUAAGUUCUAGGCUAGCUUCAACUGCCUUACUAUCCAUCCCCCCCAUAUGCAUAUACACCCAGGCACAUGUGUGAGCACCUACAUACACAUAACCUGUGUACACACAGAAAUACAGAAACCAUUCAGGAUUUGCUAGUUUCUUGUUGCUACAAGAAACAAGACAAAGGAGAGAAACCAUUUAAGAAAGGGGAGGAGGUUUGACUCACAGCCUUAGUGGUUUCAGGCCUUGAUUGGCUUGCUCUGUUUCUGUGGGCCUGUGGUGAGAACAAUGUCAUGGUGCUGUGAGGGUAUGACAAAGCAAACUGCUCAACUCCUGCUAGCUGGGGAGAGGUAGGUAGGUAGAUACUGAUAGACUGAAAAGCACAAGGAGAGAGACAGCGGGAGGCUAGAGAUAGUCUUCAGUGGUGAACCUGAGUUUCCUCAGUCAGAAUUGCUAACCUGUAAUCCUUAUGGCAUAACAUUUCCAACCAGAAUGCAGUAUUUCUUUGCUAUUUCAAGUCAUAAUGUUAAUUUUCAGAAGUUAGGUUAGCCUUCCUAAUUUUUAAACUCAUUUUGGUCCUGGGGAUUGAACCUAGGACCUUGUGAUACUACACUGUGUGCUCUGUAAUUUCAUUUUGCACUUUUUAAGUUUUGAGACAGCAUCUCAGUAAGGUGCCCAGGUUGGUUUUAAACUCGUUCUGCAGCCCAUGAAGUCCUUAAGUAUAUGAUCAGCCACUGAGCAGCAGGGAUCUUAGACCUGUGCACUGAGGUCCAGCUAGGGACAUGGCUUCUGCUGUUGAUGGGUUAGACACAUGCAUAGGUCAUGCAUCCACCAUUAUAACACCACACACAAUAGAUUCUGCACCUUAAAUACUCCCUUUGGAUUGUGGGUUCUCUCUCUCUCUCUCUCUCUUUUUUUUCUGAGACAGGGUUUCUCUGUAUAGCCCUGGCUGUCCUGGAACUCACUCUGUAGACCAGGCUGGCCUCGAACUCAGAAAUCCGCCUGCCUCUGCCUCCCGAGUGCUGGGAUUAAAGGCGUGCAUGGAUUCUCUUUAGAGUUAUCUGUACUCUCUGGUAAGCCUUCCACAUUUUCCAGAGGGUGAUAUGAAUGCAGUGACACAAAGCUUAAAUUUGUAGAUGGCUUCUUUGACAUAAUAGAAAAUUAUAGAGGAAUAUAUUUAAGAUUCAUCUAUGAUUCAUGAAUUAAUUGUUCAUUCUUUUAAAAUUGUUGAAUGGUUUUCCUUUGUGUGGAUGAAUCACAGUUUGUUUUUCUAUUCUCCUAUUAGUACUUAUGAAUAAAUUUGCUCUAAAUGUUCAUGGGCAGUUAUUUGUAAUUUUUAUUUAAGUUUAUUAUCACGUGUAAGCAUAUGUACAGGCACACAUGUGCCAUGUUGUACACAUGUAAAUCAGAGGUGAAUCUCUGAUUGGGUUUGUUCCCUCCUUGUACCAUCUGAGUUUUGGGGAUUCAACUCAGGUUGCCAGGUUUGGUGGCCGUCACCUGCACUCACUGAACCGUACAUUUUCAGAUCACUUAGUACAUCUCUAAGUGGUAACAUUCAGGAGUUCGUUAUGAGCAGCUCUCACUAUGUAAGCCUGGCUGGCUGGAAUUCGAGAUGCAGAGCAUAUCAGGUUUGAGCUCAGACAUCUUCUUGCCUUGGGAGUGCUCAGCCCUAGUCUUUAUGUCUUUAUGAAUACGCGACACUCUUCAUUUUCAUUGUCCUCCCUCUCCAUUUGCCUUUUCUACAGUGGAGCAUAUUUGUUUAUUACUUUUUUAUUGUGAGUGUGUGUCCAAGUGAGUGUGUAUGCGAGUGUGCAUCGUAGCACACAGAGGUCAGAGGACAGCUUGUGGGAGGUGAUUGCUUCCUUCUGCCGUGUGCACCCAGAGGGUCAUUCUCAGGAGCUUUUAUCCACUGAGCCAUCUCACUGGCCUCAGCACCUCUUUAUAUGUUUACUGGUUAUUUGGAUUUUCAAGAGAAAAUUACGUACUUUUUGGACUCUGAAUUAUAUACUUCUUUCUGGACACUGGGUUUUGAAAGAAGGCAUGGUUUUCAUUACAAAAGUCAGUAAGAAACUGUUGGGGGAAAGCCAAGUUAUGGCUAGGAAGCUGAAGUAUAUUCUGUGAGGAAGCCGAGAUGUUGACGUGCUUGGUUUGCUAUAGGAAGGGGAGCAAUAGAGAUUUUGAUUAAAAAGAGACGCUAUAUGAUUAGUAGGUGGCUAAAAUUGUUUCUAGUGACCUCAGAUGAAAAAUGCUAAAAUAUGAAAUCUAUUAGCUUCAAGUUCUACAUUGAUAUAUGCUGUGGAAUUGCUUCAGUAAUGUAGACCUAUGAAGACAUAGACAGAAGGGGAGCUUCAUGACUUUUAGGAUAGAUGAGCUUUGUGGGAAAGUGCUAACCAAGCCUUGAGGGGGAGCCCCAAGGCCAGGCAGAGGAAGUUUAAUGGUACAGCAGUUAGCAGCAGUCCUCUUAGCUUGACUGGUUUCUUGUAGAUUGAGGAGAACUUCUUUAAUAACUCUCAACUUGUUAAGUGCAUAGAAAUACUAACCUUAGUACUACACCUGUGCGUUAAUAUUUAAGGGCAUGCCUUUAAUCCCGGCACUUGGGAGGCAGAGGCAGGUGGAUUUCUGAGUUUGAGGCCAGCCUGCUCUACAAAGUGAGUUUCAGGACAGCCAGGGCUACACAAAGAAACCCUGUCUUGAAAAACCAAAAAAAAAAAAAAAAAAAAAAAAAAAAAAUCACUAGUCUUGUUUUGAAAAGCUACAAAAUUAUAAAGUACAUUUGCCUAGGUAUGGGUUUCUUGUAACCUGAUUUUUAGAUCAUUAAUUGUUGUUCUGAGGUUCUUUAUAAAUUGAAAGAACCUUGGGCUAUAAUUUAGGUAAGGUGUUUCUGGGAUUGAUCUAAGAGAUUAUAUGUUUUAUAAUAGACAGGGUAGCUUUCAUUUAGUACUAGUAUGUUGGUCCUAGAAGUUAUCUGCAUUCAUACUUGACAGUGGCAUUCAUGCCUCAAAACAGGAAAGUAGAGGCUAGUAAUGCUUAGUAUGCUUUUUGUUAGAGAAGUGUUUGACACAGAUUACUGUUUUAACAAAGUCAAAUUGCUUCUAGGGAUUAGAAUGGAUGAGUGUGUCUCCUACCCCCUUCAUUCCACUUCGAGUGGCAAGGGUGAGUUAACAGUGUGCCAGACAUCGUAGUGCCUGGGGCAUGCUAGGAGACCUGGGAAGAUUUACAGUAAUCAAACACAAACAGACAGAAUAGCAUGAAGAAAUUUCAGUCUUCCCAGCCCAGCUUACAGACUUAAUUAGGCUUAUUGGGGCAGAAAAUAUUUUUCUUCCCUCCCCAUUUUUUAUCUGUUUCUCCUCCACUCCCACCUCCUUCAUGCUCAGGUUCUCUGAGUCUCUUUGUGGGGAUCAUAUUGCUAACAAAGAGAGUCCUUUUCUUGUUGCUUGUUUUUUAAUUCUAACUUGGUUUCUUUGGCUUAUUAGGAAACAGAACAGAAAUGACAACAAAGUAAGAUGUUGGAAGACUCCAUUUGUGUACUGUUUUCAGGAAUUUCCCCAUUUAAAAAUCUGCAUUGAGGAAUUUUUUGUGGUUCUAUACUUAGAUCUUGUUCACAUCUUUGUGAUUUUAUAGACUCUCUUGGCCUGCUGCUUAAAAACUGUCAGCUGAGCUAACUUGCUCUGUCUGCCAUCUAUAUGCAUUGUAUGGUAUAAUGCAGGGGAGUGUGCACGGAUGCUGUUCCCUGCCUUUCCAUUAGCUGUGCAGUGUUGAGCUUCAGUUGAUGAUGGCAAAUGAUUCAGAGUAGGAGAAGAGGUGGGGUUUCUUCCUGUCUUCCCUCUUGUGGUCAGUAAAAUCAUUGACAACCGCCUCUCCAAGGCUUGGGAUGUAUGGAUAAAGGAAAAGCCUAGGAUUUCGAGGGGAGGGGAGGGGAGGGGAGGGGAGGGGCGGUAGGUGAGGAUUUCACUCUCCUGUGUGCCAUGGAAACAAGAAACAAGCCUUUUGAGCUUCUGCUUGCCUGCUGAUUUGCCGGGUUAUCCAGGUUUCCCCUCAAAAAACCUAUAAGGCAUGGAAGUAUUUUGAACCGAGAGUCACCAACAGAUAAGAAACAGAAAGUUGAACGCAGUUCAUCGCAUGAUUUUGACCCCACAGAUAGCUCCUCCAAGAAGACAAAGUCUAGUUCAGAGGAGAGUAGAUCCGAGAUCUAUGGUCUUGUUCAGCGCUGUGUGAUCAUCCAGAAAGACGACAAUGGCUUCGGGCUGACAGUCAGUGGAGACAAUCCGGUCUUCGUACAAUCUGUCAAAGAAGAUGGAGCAGCCAUGCGUGCUGGAGUACAAACAGGUGAUCGAAUCAUCAAGGUGAAUGGUACUCUGGUGACUCAUUCAAAUCAUCUGGAGGUGGUGAAACUAAUCAGAUCUGGUUCCUAUGUAGCUCUCACUGUCCAGGGACGCCCACCUGGGUCGCCCCAGAUCCCACUUGCUGAUUCUGAAGUAGAGCCAUCAGUCACUGGACAUAUGUCUCCCAUUAUGACAUCCCCUCAUUCCCCUGGAGCAGCCGGGAAUAUGGAGAGAAUCACCAGUCCUGUGCUCGUGGGGGAGGAAAACAAUGUGGUCCAUAACCAGAAAGUAGAGAUUCUGAGAAAGAUGUUACAGAAGGAACAGGAACGGCUGCAGUUGCUGCAGGAAGAUUACAACCGAACGGCUACCCAAAGAUUGCUCAAGGAGAUCCAGGAGGCCAAGAAGCACAUCCCGCAGCUGCAGGAGCAGCUGUCCAAAGCCACGGGCUCUGCUCAGGACGGAGCUGUAAUUGCACCCUCCAGGCCAUUAGGUGAUGCCCUAACACUCAGUGAGGCAGAAGCAGAUCCUGGAGAUGGCCUGUGCAGGACUGACUGGAGCAGUGGAGAUGCUUCUCGGCCCAGUAGUGACAGUGCUGAUAGUCCCAAGAGUAGCCUGAGAGAAAGGAGUUACCUGGAGGAAGCCCCAGAGAGAAGUGAAGGAGUUCAGGACGCUCAGGAGCCGCAGUCGCUGGUCGGCAGUCCCUCCACCCGGGGCGCCCCUCACAUCAUUGGAGCAGAGGAUGAUGAUUUUGGUACUGAGCAUGAGCAGAUCAAUGGACAGUGCAGCUGUUUCCAGAGCAUUGAAUUGCUGAAGUCUCGCCCUGCUCACUUGGCUGUUUUCUUACACCAUGUAGUCUCACAGUUUGACCCUGCAACAUUGCUCUGUUAUCUCUAUUCAGACCUGUAUAAGCAGACAAACUCCAAGGAGACUCGGCGUGUCUUCCUGGAGUUUCAUCAGUUCUUCUUGGACCGGUCUGCACACCUGAAGGUUCCAGUUCCUGAGGAAAUCUCCGUGGAUCUAGAAAAGAGAAGACCUGAGCUUAUUCCUGAGGAUCUGCAUCGCCUCUACAUUCAGACAAUGCAGGAGAGAGUCCACCCUGAAGUUCAGAGGCACUUGGAGGAUUUCCGACAGAAACGCAGCAUGGGGCUGACCUUGGCUGAGAGUGAGCUGACUAAACUUGAUGCAGAGAGAGACAAGGACCGGGGAACUCUGGAGAAGGAGCGAGCAUGUGCGGAACAGAUCGUUACCAAAAUUGAAGAAGUGUUGAUGACUGCUCAGGCUGUAGAAGAAGAAAGGAGUUCCACAAUGCAGUAUGUAAUUCUCAUGUAUAUGAAGUAUUUGGGAGUAAAAGUGAAAGAACCUCGAAACUUGGAGCACAAGCGGGGUCGGAUCGGCUUCCUUCCAAAGAUCAAGCAAAGCAUGAAGAAAGAUAGAGAGGGCGAAGAAAAAGGGAAGCGAAGAGGAUUCCCCAGCAUUUUGGGACCCCCAAGAAGACCAAGCCGCCACGACAACAGUGCAAUUGGCAGGGCCAUGGAGAUACAGAAGUCACGCCACCCGAAGCACUUAUCCACUCCCUCGUCUGUGAGUCCUGAGCCUCAGGACCCUGCCAAGUUGCGCCAGAGUGGAGUAGCCAAUGAAGGAACAGACACUGGAUACCUGCCCGCCAGUUCCAUGUCCUCUGCCACCUCAGGGACUGCUCUUUCCCAAGAGGGAGGGAGAGAGAAUGAUACAGGAACAAAACAAGUGGGAGAAGCAUCGGCGCCUGGAGACUGCUUGGACAGCACACCUCGAGUCCCCACUACUGUUUUCGACUUCCCUCCUCCUCUAUUAGAUCAAGUGCAGGAGGAGGAGUGUGAAGUAGAGAGGGUGGCAGAACAUGGGACCCCAAAACCCUUUCGGAAGUUUGACAGCAUCGCCUUUGGAGAAAGUCAGAGUGAGGAUGAGCAGUUUGAAAAUGACCUGGAGACAGAUCCACCCAACUGGCAGCAGCUUGUUAGCAGAGAAGUGUUACUGGGACUGAAACCUUCUGAGAUCAAAAGACAGGAAGUGAUUAAUGAAUUGUUCUACACUGAGAGAGCUCAUGUCCGGACACUGAAGGUUCUUGACCAAGUAUUCUAUCAGCGAGUGUCCAGAGAAGGGAUUCUAUCACCUUCAGAACUACGCAAGAUUUUUUCAAACUUGGAAGAUAUCCUUCAACUUCAUGUUGGGUUGAAUGAGCAAAUGAAAGCUGUCCGAAAAAGGAAUGAAACUUCUGUUAUUGAUCAUAUUGGGGAAGAUCUGCUCAUCUGGUUUAGUGGACCAGGAGAGGAGAAGCUGAAACAUGCUGCUGCCACAUUCUGCAGUAACCAACCUUUCGCCCUGGAAAUGAUCAAGUCUCGCCAGAAAAAGGAUUCUCGAUUCCAUACUUUUGUGCAAGACGCUGAGAGUAACCCCCUGUGCCGUCGUCUUCAGCUGAAGGACAUCAUUCCCACCCAAAUGCAGAGACUCACUAAGUACCCGCUUCUUUUGGAUAACAUUGCCAAGUACACAGAAUGGCCUCCAGAAAGGGAAAAGGUGAAGAAGGCUGCAGACCAUUGUCGUCAGAUCUUAAAUUAUGUAAAUCAGGCUGUCAGGGAGGCAGAAAACAAGCAGCGCUUAGAAGACUAUCAGCGUCGCCUUGACACCUCCAAUCUCAAGUUGUCCGAGUACCCAAAUGUUGACGAGCUCAGGAAUUUGGAUUUAACAAAAAGAAAGAUGAUUCAUGAAGGGCCGUUGGUCUGGAAGGUGAAUAGAGAUAAAAGCAUCGAUCUUUAUACACUGCUGCUGGAAGACAUCCUUGUGCUGCUACAGAAGCAGGAUGACAGGCUGGUGCUAAGGUGCCACAGCAAGAUUCUGGCAUCCACAGCCGACAGCAAACACACCUUCAGCCCUGUCAUUAAGCUGAGCACGGUGCUGGUUCGGCAGGUGGCGACAGAUAACAAAGCUUUAUUCGUCAUCUCCAUGUCAGAUAAUGGAGCCCAAAUUUAUGAAUUGGUAGCACAGACGGUUUCUGAAAAGACAGUCUGGCAAGACCUCAUCUGUCGAAUGGCUGCGUCAGUGAAGGAGCAGUCUACAAAGCCGAUUCCCCUCCCACAGCCGCCACCUUGCGAAGGAGACAAUGAUGAAGAAGAACCAGCCAAGUUAAAAGUGGAGCACCAUGAUCUUUCAGUCGCUGGUCUGCAAAGUCCAGACAGAGUUUUGGGAUUAGAAUCUCCCUUAAUUUCGUCAAAGCCUCAGUCUCAUUCACUGAAUACCCCUGGCAAAUCAGCGGCAGAACAUCUCUUUGUGACCGCAACACAGUUUGCAAAGGAACAGCAUGCAAAUGGGGCACUCAAGGAAGGUGAUGGCGGGUAUCCAGUCACAAUCCCAGGUCCACACUUGCCUGUGUCAGAGGAGCGGUGGGCAUUGGACGCACUGAGAAAUUUGGGCUUGUUGAAGCAGUUGCUGGUACAGCAGUUAGGUCUCACCGAGAAGAGUACUCAGGAAGACUGGCAGUCCUUCUCACGAUACGGGCCAGCUUCUGAAGAGGUACAGGCAGACAGUGGCAUCCGGGACUUGGAAAAUGUUAAGGCUUGUCAUGCCAGGGAAGGACAGAUGUCUUUUAAAACUGGAACUGGUGAUAUUGCAACUUGUGACAGUCCACGGACUUCAACUGAGUCUUGUGCUGCACAGGAUUCAGUGAUACUGGCAUCCCAAGACAGCCAGGCAAGUAACGUUUUAGUAAUGGACCACAUGAUCCUGACCCCAGAGAUGCCUCCUGCAGAGCCAGAAGGGGGUCUGGAUGAGAGUGGAGAGCACUUUUUUGAUGCCCGUGAAGCACAUAGUGAUGAUAAUCCAUCAGAAGGUGAUGGAGCAGUUAAAAAGGAAGAGAAGGAUGUUAAUUUACGCAUCUCAGGAAACUGUUUGAUCCUUGAUGGCUAUGAUGCAGUUCAGGAGAGCUCCACAGAUGAGGAGGUUGCCUCCUCGUUCCCCCUGCAGCCUGUGACGGGCAUCCCCGCUGUGGACUCCAGCCACCAGCAGCAACAUUCCCCUCAGAAUGUGCAUCCCGAGGGGCCGGUUUCACCAUUCACCCCAGAAUUCCUGGUCCAGCGGCACUGGCGAGCUAUGGAGGAUACCUGUUUUGAGAUCCAGAGUCCCUCAUGUACAGAUUCACAAAGCCAAAUCCUGGAGUACAUUCAUAAAAUAGAGGCUGACCUGGAACACUUAAAGAAGGUGGAGGAAAGUUACGCUCUUCUUUGCCAAAGGCUGGCUGGCUCAGCCCUCCCCGACAAGCUCUCAGAUAAAAGUUAGAGCCCCGUGUCCUGGAGGUGACUGCAGCUUGUUGGAUUUUGAGUGUCGGCCCUGUAUCAACCACAUCCUGGCUCCAGUGUGGACACAGAGAGAGUGCGACAGAGGGAUCUGCCUGGAACCACCUGGCCUCAGCCAGGCCCCAGGGGCCCCGCGGGGACUAGUUCUUCCUUCUGGCAGCUGCACACAUCUGUCAGUGAGGGAAUGCCAGGUCUCUCACGCCUCUCCUCACUAUCAGAAAUGCAUUUUGAUUCAGAGUAAAAACCAAAUGUAUAGAGCUUUGGGUGUAGGAUAUAAAAUUGUACGUAGGUAAGAAAAAGAGAAAAUCAGAUGUAUUUAUUUGACUUCAUUCCGUAUUUGAAAGCACACUUUAAUUUUUACUUUGCCUUGUUUUGUUUUUAAUUGAGUAGUGAGAGUUUUAGCCCUUUGUAUUUAGCACACCCAAGGAUCAAUUGUUCCUGAAGCCGAGGUCAGGCUGGGGAUGGAGAGGUUAGUAGACAGGCAGUGCAGAAGAGCAAAGAGGACUACCUGGCCCUCGCUAAUCUGUAACCCAGCCCUCCUGUCCAGAAGGCUGCCUUUCUGAGGAUCAUCUCAGAGGUGCUGCAUGACUCCUGUGUGUGGAUGCCAUGAGCUGUGUGUGCCCGGGUGCUCGGAGCAGGAGGACCUCCUCCCAGCCCAAGGCGAGCAUCUCCUACUGGGUUCCAUUCCCAGGAAACAGGAAUCCUCAGUACACUAAAUGGCAGGCACUUGAAAAUGGGUGGAUUUCCCUUGUCGUUGUCUUUUCUAUUGAUAGUUGGGAUUUGGGAGAGAAGAAAGCAAAUUUUUAUUUUCUUGAUUAUAAAUUUGUUAUUCUUGGUAUUGUUACAUUUGUAUAAUUAUACAUUGACUGGCACUUGUAUGAAAUAUUCCCUGCAGAGUGAGCAGGAAAUAGGAACAAAGGAAUGGAAUGCUUAGUGGUGGUGGGGGUGCUAUGGGGGGUGGGUGGGAGAGUUGCAGACUUGAGGAGGUUUUCGAAACUGAAUCACUACUGAGUUGAACCAUGGCUGUCACUAGCCACGGGUACUGCUGAUUAUAAGGCCAGUAAGAAAAUUAGUACCUGGAUGUUUGACUCUUAAGGUUUUGCACUGAUGGUGCCAAAGGGCUCUGAGUCACACGCAGAGCCAAGGGAGGGCAGAGGAAGGCAUGAAGGAGAGUUGCUCGCAUCGCAUCCCUUCAGAGAGCUUUCUCUGACCUCACUGCCAUAGCCCUGUCUGUCUGGUGCCAGGACUGGCCUUGGGAACGGGGACCAGCGGUGAGCAGUUGCAGCCGCCAAGGUGCUGACGUGCUGCAGUGUGGACAGCGCCUGUGGAGGGCCAGCUGGUCAGACUGUGGCCUGACAACUCUUAAUUCUGAUGGUGUUCAGUGGCUUGCUUUGUGCAUUUGAUAAAUAUGUUUUUAGAGUGUUCUGUAAAAAAAAAAAAUCAUUUGUCUAAUCUAAAUUCUGUUAAGAAGGAGCUCACAUGUUGCUUACAUCUUGCAGGAGGGGGCCUCUGAACUCUGGGGGCAGUCAGGAUGUAAUUUUAUUCUCCCCUUAAUGCCCCUCACACAAAGGAAGCUCACUGUCGCCAAGAAUAGUCCCCCAGCUGCUUUUAUGAACACCUCUACAACUUAACAAGCUCAUCUGUCUGGGUCCAGAUUCUCGUUUCUGUCCUCUAAGCUCUUACGUCGAUUGGCUAGGACCCCUGUACCUCAUCUAUAAAUUGGAAUCAUAUUUUGAGUCAUAGUCAACCCUAACUCAUAAUGGAGCUUUGAGAUUUUGGAGUAGAAUCUAAUAUAUAAGUGAAGUUUGGGAUUUGGACCUCCCUGUAUCUCUUAGGAGAAGCAAGUAGAGACCGAAUGGUUCCGUUGUCUUCCAGGCAGCCUCUUACACUACACCAUCUGGGUAGCUCAUCAGACAGCAGUGUUCCGACCUCAGACACUACAGAUCCCUCCGUGGUUCUCCAGCACAGUUCAGCCGGAACUCUGUUCUCCUGCUUGUUUACUUCCCUCUUUCUGAGUCCCAGCCUCUCAGAGUCACAGCAGGGCUUACUGGACAGGUACUCUGGCGUUGCUCCAGUACUUCCAAAUAAAUGCAUAUCAUUACACCUUCAGAUGAAACCUCAGAAUGAAGUGCAUUCUGAAAGACAACAGCAACAAACCACUUUGUAAGUUUUUUUUUUACUCUACCAGCCUUACUUCUUGCCUGUUCCCCUCCCUCGGGCCUCCUGUGCCUUCCACUCCAUUCUGGCCAUUAGAAUCCAUUUGACUUUGACAUUACAUCUCCCUUCCGUGGUGGCGACAGCAGUGUUCCUCCUGUUCUGGAAUGAGAUGGUCAUUGUCAUAGUCCUCUUAAAGGUGGGUGACAAGAAGGUGCAGUGUACUUCUGCUCCAAAGAACACUAGGCAAGCGGAAAGCCAUGUGUGCCAUGGGUGCAACCUGUGACCCUGCUCUCCUGUGAGCUUAGUGGCUCUCCUGUCACUAACUGGCAGGUUAUGUGUGGAGUGUCACCUUUUCAGAGAGAAAAACUAACCAAGCCAAACCAGCAAACCCUCCAAGUACUGUAAUGUAAAGGCCGGCUUUGGCCUUCCCCACCUGUAUAGUUUCAUGGCAGCCCCCUGGACUGUUGAGUUCUGCUGCUUUCACAACCUAAACUGUAACUAUUUAUUGUAUCACACGCAGGUUGUUCAUGAGUAUUUUUUCCUUUGUUUCCCCAAACAACUUCUUUUUUUUUUUUUAAGUCUUGGAAGCUUAUGGUUUAUUGUGGAUUGCUCUCAGGAGAGUAAGAGACAAGAAAAGCAACAUAUAUGUGGGGGGAGGGGUUGGAGUGGUGGUGGAGCAAAGCCAGCUGGAGACAGGCUCCAGCCUAGACCCUUGAAGACCAGAGAGCAGCAAUGCACCAUACUCUUGAUUUCAUGGGGAGAAAGGGGGAUGGACCCCCAGGCCAGGAGGUGUAACUCCUAGCUGCACCUGUUUCCAUAUGACCAAGAGUAAUCAUCCGGGAAUGAGAGAGUCUAUAAAGAACACUCAUUGCUGCUGCAGGUGAGCCAGACAUGGCCAGGUGACACCAGCCAUGUCUCUGAUUUCAGUCAACUCUUUUCAUUUGUUUCCUGAAUAGCAAACACUUCCUUGAAACUCUUCUCAAACUUGGACUCCAGUCUAAGUCCCAUUUCGCCAAACUUAGGGUCCUUGAACGUGAUUUUGUGAUUCCGGAAGAUGAGCCUCAUGUCUUGCACAAAGUCUUCUACUUGGCAGUAAGCCUGGUCACUCAGCUUUUUCUUGAUUAUGUUCAACCACAUAGGCUCUUGCACACCCACAGUCAUCUCUCUAAAAUAAUAAUAAUAUGGCAUCUUGGAAAAAAAGGAGCUCUCAGAACAGCAAUAGACUCUCAAGAGAACAUACUCGCACUUCAACUGUUCCUGGGGAGCCAUCUCCCUCUGCAGUAUCUCAGAUUCUGGAAGACUCGGUUGACUUCCUAAGGACUGCAUCCUACAGAAGAUGCAACUCCAUGGUGUUAUCUCAGCUUCCACUGUUGGGAUAUGACAGUCCUCAUGGAAGGCUCUGGAACAAGUAUCACAGCAGAAGAGUAUUCCUCCAUCCCGGCACACCUCACAUUCAUCUGAGUUCUGAAUACUAGGGUCAGCUGGGGAACGAUGCAAGUUCUGUGUUCUCUGCUCUUUUCUUUUGCGAUGUAUCCGUGGAGGAUUGGGUAGAAAUUUUCUCUGGAUCAGGAGUUUGAGGGGCCAAUUAUGGCAGCGCAGGCUCAGUUUCCAGUUCUUUGACUUUCCAUAGCCUCCCAUCAUUUCAAAUUCCGAGGGUGUGAACCAGUUUCCAUUCUGACACUGUAUGGACUUCACAGAUAUCCCUUGUUUGAAUUUAUCCUUGUGUAACACUCCCUUCAAGUUACCACACGUCACGGGAAGCAACUCAGCACUAAAAUCGGCAUUUUCUUUUCUGCGUCUUCUUAGACCCCUGAUCUUAGCAGUGCGUCCUGGGUUCUUUUUCAUUUUCUUUCUCUUGAAAGCUGCCUGGACAACAGCUAUUCUGCCACGUUUUCUCUGUACACUCAUUGGCUUUCUCCAUUUUGGUUUUGACCAGUUGUGGCCUUUCUUUUUUCUUCUCUGCUUCUUGGGUUUUCUUGCAGGAAUGUUCCUCCUGGUGCCCACACAUUCUCCUUGGCUGCUUCCCAUCCUUGCUUCCAGGUCUUCUGGCACAUAUGUUGGGGAACACAUGACACAGGAACACUUCUUUUCACGUGUGGGUUGCUGUGCUCCUGGGCCAAAAUUGUGGGUGUACAUAGGUUUGUUAUCUAAUUUUGUAAUACUGGGGACCAAGCUCAGGGUCUCAUUUGUGCAAGGCAAGCAGUCUACCAGUGCCCCAAACAACUUCUAAUGACCUCUAGAAAGAACAAGCCCUUUUUUAGAAAGUAUUUUGUUUCAUUGUCUUUUGGGGAGUGAAGAAGAGAAAAGUCCUUGUUGCCAGAAUUUUAGAAGCUAAAAGACUUUAUGCUGCCUCUACUGCAGGGGCUCGUUUUCCCGUCGCUCCUGGGCACUGGCGCUGGCCUGCUGCCUGCAGCUGGUACCCUGCCCAAGCUGUCUUCUCUGCAGCCGCCUGCUUGAGCUUGCUCUGUGCCUGCUUCCCUCCACGCUCCGAAAACCAUGAUCUACAAAAACAGACUUCUGCAAGGUCUCGCUCGCCUGCCCACCCGCCCCCUAACGUUGUGUUGGUUUUGGUUUUUGUUUUUGUUUUUGACAGUUCACCCCCAUUUAGUGUGAGCUGUAAAACUGUACUUUAUUUAAAGGCGUGCUCUUGUUCCCGUCUGGCUGCCUUCCCCAUGGGUGCUGAGGGUUUGGGUAAUACACUGAUCAGGAAAAGGUGGUCUUCUCAGAAACCAGUCCCUCCCUCCCAGCCAUUGCCAGGUGCCACCCGCUAAGCAGACAUACUACAGCAGGGGACCGUAGCGUGCACACUGUUGGUGGUUUUUAAUGAGCCUCUCUUUCCCCACUAGGCUGUCUCACUUUACUUGUUCACCAUACAAUCAUUUACUCUUUAACAAAAAUUGCUUUUAAGAGAAAUCUGGAACUAUCUUUAAAAAAAAAACCUUAUUAAUAAUCAUGUAUUUUUACUGAUCACAUUUUGAAAUGCCUAAAAGACUUUUAUUGCUCUAAUUAUCCAGAUGCACCUUUGUAAAAAGCUCUUUUAUGAAUUAGCUGAUAAGGCUGUAUGUUUCUGGAACAAAAUAUUGGGUCAUCUAAAACUUUCUGUUUUCUGGGGUCUGGGAAAAUAGAAAAUAAGAAUUCAAAUAUUAAAUAAGCUUAAAAGAA